AUGUUACGGCCUCUUGCUCUUUCUGCUGCAGCGAUUGAGCGCGCUGUCUCCAUGAUCGCAAAUGAAGUACUCGAAGUUCAAAAUGUUCUGUCAUCCGCAUCAAGAGGUCGGGUUAGCAUCAGGCUACCGAAGGUCCUCAACAAAGUUACUGGGAAAAAGACCAACAUUCCAUUUUUAUUUUCGGCAGCUCUCUGGCUUAAACCAACUAAUUCGUACAUCAAAUCUCUGUUAGGCAAGCCUGCUGGGUACCUCGAAACUACAGUACAGAUGGCGCGUACCACCUUGAAUGAUGUCACUGAAACACCGUUGGGCUCGCUGAUCGACGAUGACGAGUCGGAGGAUGACAAGCGUGCUAUGAUUUCACCUGCCAGUGCAUGA